AUGAAUUGGGUUUGCUGGAACGUGCGUGGGCUUGGGAACCGACGCACAGUCCGAGAGCUCGAGGUAGUCACUCGCGCACAAGACCCCGCUGCCAUGUUCCUUGCCGAGACGUGGUCAGCUGAAGCUAGGCUAAGAAAGUUGUGUUCCGACCUGAAAUUUGAUCAUUGUUGGAUCAGUCCAAGUGCGGGUAAGUCUGGUUGUUUGGCUCUGUUUUGGAAGAACUCUGCUUGCAUUGAUGUGGUUUCAUCCUCCCCAAACCACAUCGAUGCCAUUGUGGGUGACGCAGACAACGGCCAAUGGAGAUUUUCUGGUGUAUACGGCUUUGCCGACGCGGAAAGAAAGCACGAGACGUGGUCCUUGCUCCGCGAUCUUCACCGGCGUUCUUCCCUCCCUUGGUUGUGCGCAGGGGAUUUUAAUGAGAUCCUAUGGUCUCAUGAAAAACUUGGCCUCAGUCCUAGGCAGGAGUCUCUCAUGUCGGCGUUCAGGGAUGUCCUUGAUGAAUGCGGAUUCAUGGAUCUUGGUUUUGUUGGAGACAAAUUUACAUGGAAAGGCAAAAGAGCUGGGGGUUUGGUUCUUGAGCGGCUGGACAGAGCAAUUGCAACAAAUGGUUGGUUCGCCCUUUACCCAGGCACAAAGGUUAGACACCUUAAUACUCACUCUUCAGAUCAUAAAGCCAUUGUAAUUAAAUUUGAUGGAAUUGUCCCUUGCCCAAAUCGUCCGUUUAAAUUCGAGCAAAUGUGGCUCAAAGACAAUGGAUGUAGCAAAACGGUAGUGUCUGCUUAG